AUGUUUUUGUCUCUUCCUACGUUGACUGUCCUUAUUCCACUGGUAUCUUUAGCAGGACUGUUCUACUCAGCCUCUGUGGAGGAAAACUUCCCACAGGGCUGCACUAGCACAGCCAGCCUGUGUUUUUACAGUCUGCUCUUGCCCAUUACCAUACCAGUUUAUGUGUUCUUCCAUCUUUGGACUUGGAUGGGUAUCAAACUCUUCAGGCAUAAUUAAUGCAACAAGAACCAACAUGGUAUAUAUCAAUAAUUUGGCUUGAGCAACUCUGAAAGCUCAACUCCAUGGAAAUACUAGAAAUCCACUUAAUUUGUAGGAAAGAUGCUUUACCUUGAUUAGAGGCUUAGGACUAUGAGAGGUGGCAUAAGCUGUGGAAGGAUCUUUUAUUGUAUUUUUGUUCUGCCCUUUUUUUCAGAUUUUAAUUUAUAACUGCUAUAUCAGAAAAACAUUUCAGAAAAGUCUUGGAAAUUAAUACACCCAACUGUCAUGAUUAUUUCUUACCCCAUUAUCUUAAAGUUAAUAAUUUGAAAUUUUAUAUUUCAGAAUCUUUGGUAAAGUCACACGUUAAUGAUGACUGAAAUAUUUUUAAAGGCGCUAUAUUGAAGUAAUUGGUAGAGAUAAGCAUUUAAAACUAC